AUCACCUCAUGGAUAAUCAGGCAUCAUGACAGAAAUAUUGUUGCCAUAGGGACUUUAUUGGAACACAGCACAUGCUUUCAAGUAGCAUGAGGCCAAAAGUUGACUGUAGGAUGGUGUUUCUUUGGGACAUCCACCUCCCCUAUAGUAGCAAUAUUUUAAAAUGCAUAUAAAAUAUACAUGGAUAAUCAUUGCUGCUUUUCGGGAGGUAUAAACAGGGUAAGCACACACAUGACUUCUGCCACAAUUUGAUCACAAUGUUGAAAGCCCAUUGAAGCCAAUUGGCUUUGUAGUCCCAAUCAGGUUUUUUAUGAGUUGUCAGUAAUCUUUGGUAUCAUUAAACUGGAUGUGGAAAUUUUCCAGUUGCUAUCUCUCUGAGGCAAAUGUCAUCUCUAAAAAUGCAGUUUCAAAAUUGCCUACUAAAAUACCAGUCAAAUUGGGUAGUUUCAGAAUUGUAAUAACUUAUAAGGCAUGCUAAAAUUAGAAUCUUAACAAUGAGUGCAUUUACUAUUGAAAUUUAAUUUAAGGGAAAUAAGGGUUAUUUGACAUGUCCAGUAAGAAUAAUUUUCAAAUAAAACUUUGAAUGUAAGAGUUUAACCACAUUGAGUUGGAUCUUGACUUGUGUUUACUAGAAUUGUGUUGGAGGAAGGAGAGAGAGAAUUUUUUAAUUCCCCCUUUUCAGUACUGAGCCCAGUGCUACCUCACACACUUCCAAGUGAUGAGGGGCUCUUGAACAGCAUGAGAAGUAGGUCUGGUUGCUGAAGGAGUAAUCAGAGGAAAGUGCUGCCAGCUUUCCUUCAGUUAGAAGCUUUGUCUGAAUUCUACAAUUGGAAGGAAAUCUGUUGUUGAUAGGCAAACAAUUAUCUGUUGGUAAGAUGUGUGAUACUUAGAGUUGGUGAUGCUUUGUAGCUUUUUAUUUUAAAAAAAUUCAGCAUGCUAAAUCACAUCCCAGUCAAUAUAGUGCCUUAUUUUCUAUCUCAAAAGUGUUCCAGAAAAUCUUUUUCAUUGGGGGUGGGUGGGAAGCUCUGUGUAGAAAUUACAAGAAGACUUGGAGUAUAAUUAAACUGCAUGUAACUGCCCACAAACAUUUUCAACCCCCCCCCCUUAUCUGUAUGACUAGCCAACCAAACUCUACAACUGGCUUAUCAGUCAGCCAUGAAUUGCAUACCUGUGGAGUUUCCCUUAAAGCCAAUGCCCUGUUAGUCAACAUCUGGGAACAGCCUGGGGAGCUUAUUUUUUGACAACAUCUGAUUGUAUGUCCUCUGUGGUGUGUGUUUAAAAUUCCAUAUAAAGAAAGCCAUGUUAACUAUUCCAAUUGCAUUAAUACCUUUGCUUUAACUAUAAUUAUUAAUUACAGAAAAAAGAUAUCUUUUACAUAGAUGAAAAUAUUGGAUUUAUUUUUACUAAGCAAUACAGACAUGCAAAUUAUAGAAAGCUGUUAUAGAGGGCAUGGGGAAUCUAAACAAUCUGGUAAUAUCUUUAUUAGGCAAAUCAAAACACCACAAGGAAACUUGGGAAGGAUCAUCUGAACUGGAUGUUCAGAUUGAAUGUUAAAAUGGAGGGGGUGUGAGUUGAGUUGAGCAUGAUGUGCCUGAUCCCAAAUAUUUCUGUUUACAACUUGUGGAAUGCAAGAAAAUACAGAAAAUACCUAAAUAGUGAUGUCAAGUCUUUUAUUUCUGGCAUUUUAAAGACUUAAAAUUUAUUUUGGUAUGUGUCUUGUUCACUUCAUCAAAUGUAUGAAAUGUUAACCUCAAAUUGGCAAAUCUAUAUGUGCAGGGAUGUAAAUGGUUUUUAGAGGAAAUUGAUAUACAAAAAGUCUGUACAGUGUUUACAAAAUACUAAAAUAAUUUGGUAAGUCUUUUACACAGUGAUCCUUUUGGAACUCGUUAUACUUGACAUCUAAAUGGGCCAGAGGAAUUCUAUGAAUUGUUUCUUAAUGAGGUUUGGUCAGAAUUAAAAUAUGUGUUUAGGGGAGUGAACUUGCUAUGUUAAUGUUAAUAAAAACAGUUGUUGAAUGGCUUUCUUAGCUGUUAACAAAUUCUCACAAGUAGCCAUGGCUUUUGUGGCCACUUGUUUAAUAGACAGAUAAUGGAAAUCUAUCAGGGUUCGAGUCCCCACUCAACCAACUGGGAGUGGGGCCAACUGGGUGACUUGGACCAGUUGCAGACUUAGCCUAACCUGACUGACAGGGUUGUUGUGGAACGUAUUGGGCCUGGACUGUAAAAUCCAGGUUAAUGUCUCUGAAAGUAAGCCUGCUUAGCACAGGUAGCACUGCCCAACAAUAAGCUUGCUUACCCAAUUAAAAUAGUUAUUGUUUCCUGGUCCUAAGGAAGAUGGUCAAUGGACUAAAUACAAGCCUGUGUUUGGCCUGGGAUCCCACCUUAACCAACCAGUUAAUGAGCUUCUGCUUGGCAUUAUGAUUAGUUUAAUGAUUUCGUGCCUUGUUCUAUGCUCAACUAGCUUAUGCUAUAGUAUGUUAUGAUAAUCCUGACUGACAUUGAUGGAAAGUCUUAUGACUUGUGGCCAGCUUUCAAGUGCCUUGCUUGAACAUCCUUUGAGAUGCUGGCUUCUUCAAGUAAUUUGCUUGACUUCUCAAUAAAGCUUUCUUCUAAGUAAAUCUGGACCUAGUUUACCAAUUUCCUGGGGGUCAUUCAAACCUGCAGCCCAGAGUCAAGCCAGAAAAGGAGACAAGCUUGAAAGGAGCGGAAGAAUGAUGUAAACCACAUUGAGUUUAUGUAAGAAAAAAGCAAGCUAUAAAUUUUAAAAAAAUGUUAGCUGCCCUAAAUCUUAAGUCAAAUGCCCUGGGUAAUCCUAUUGCAGUGUUACUGGCCAAAACUUUUUUUCUUCUACGCUGAAUACAGAAGUCACUUGAAUGGUUCAUUUUGCUAUAAUGGUGGCUGGUUUCACACAUAUCUAUUGAAGCCAUAUUUCUGUUUGUGUUUAAAUGUUUUAAAAAUUCACUUUAAAAUGGUGUGGAAGCACAUACCCUCUUUCAAAUUUUACCCUGUUAUUUCAUUAACGUUUCUUGCCCCCCUCCUGCUUGGAAAAAGCAGUCAUUCUGAAGCCUUGCCUUGGAAGUUACAUCCACCCAGGUAGAAAGGAAAAAACCAAAUAUUAGCAUGGCUAAAUUUUCCCUACAUGGUUAAGCAGUUGGGGGGGAGGGGGUACAGCUACGAGAGGGAAAGGACUAUACUAUUGGCACAGGGAGAACUUGUGUGAAUAUAGUGCAAAUGCUAUAAAAUGCACGUGGGGAAACUCUGUAAAGAGGCAGCGUCCUCAAGCACCAAGGGGACAGCAUAGUUCUCAUAGGUCACGCUGUAUCCUCCAGAGAUGUCGCAGGCCAGCUCGCAUAAUCCCCCAGACACCCGCACGUGCUGCAUUACAACUCGCAGCCAGCCGGGAGAGCAGCCGGGAAAAGCCGGGGUGAGCAGGCCAGGUGCCUUUACACGCGUCCUCUCACGCUCUCGCCGCAUUGAAGGAAAAAGGUGGGCCGUCUCGGAGUCAUGACUUCGCGGCCCCGCCCACGAAGCGACACCUCCGGCGACGAGCGAUGACGCCAACGGUACGGCGGUUCGGAAGGACCGGUCUUGGGCAGGGCGUUUGGGCGGUUGUGGAGCCUGGAAGUGAGGUCUCUGAAGAGUGCGAUGACCGAGUAUAAGCUGGUGGUGGUGGGAGCUGGUGGUGUUGGAAAAAGUGCCCUGACUAUACAGCUCAUCCAGAACCACUUUGUGGAUGAAUAUGAUCCUACUAUAGAGGACUCUUACCGUAAACAGGUAGUUAUUGAUGGAGAGACUUGUUUGCUAGACAUCCUGGACACAGCAGGGCAAGAGGAAUAUAGUGCUAUGAGAGACCAGUACAUGAGAACUGGUGAAGGUUUUCUCUGUGUGUUUGCCAUCAACAACAGCAAAUCAUUUGCAGAUAUCAAUCUUUACAGAGAGCAGAUUAAAAGAGUGAAAGAUUCAGAAGAUGUACCAAUGGUGUUAGUGGGAAACAAAUGUGACUUGCCAACACGGACAGUAGACACCAAACAGGCUCAUGAAGUGGCCAAGAACUAUGGGAUUCCCUUCAUUGAGACAUCUGCUAAAACAAGACAGGGUGUUGAAGAUGCCUUUUACACACUUGUGAGGGAGAUCCGCCAGUAUCGGAUGAAAAGACUCAACAGUAGUGAAGAUGGGAAUCAAGGCUGCAUGGGGCUUUCAUGCCUUGUGAUGUGAUCAGCUUCCUGAAUCAUCUGGCCAAAAAUGCAGCUAGAGAUUGAACCUUAAUUCCACUGUGUUGCAUUUGAUGAAGAUGUCUGGCCAGUUCCUGGUGCCAGUUGACAAGUACUAUUUUUCUGUCAGCACCUGAAGAGAAUGUCUCUGAACAUCUACCUCUUUGCUCAGCUGAGCAAGCAAAGAAAAUCUCAUCUGUUACAUGGUGGGAUCUCUCCCUCCACCCUCUCUCUCGAGUAGGUUCAAACUGAGAAACCGGUUAAAUGUUAAAUUGUAGAGGCCAAAUGCUAUGAAAGGACAAUAUCUCUCUUUCUGGAAAGGAAGCUGGAGUGAACUGUGAUCACACUGUGCUGAAAAGCCAUUACUUAGCACUGUAUGGUAAUGCUACUGUGCCUGACUUCCCUGUAUUCCAUUUUCAAGACAAGGAAGUAUUCAAGACAAGGAUGGCUCUACUGUGUUUACAUUCUCACAGCACAUCAACUUAUUACACCUGCUUCUGGUCCGCUAGUCCUUAGGUUUUUGUGGUGGUGGUGGUUGUAGAAUUCUUUGAUAACAAAGUGCCUGUUUGCAAAAGGAGUCCAGAAUUUAGUCUUACCCUGUCAAUUUGCAAUUCUGGUUUCUACCUGACCCAUCCUGAAUAUUUGAAGCUGCCUUAGAUGUGGUCUAUCCAAUUCAGAACUGUCUAUCCUUGACUGGCAGUGGCUACCCAACAUUGUCUUUCCCAGCUUUGCUCUCAGACUCCUCUUAAUAGGGCUUGUCAGGAGUUAGAAAUGGGACCUUUUGCAUGUGCUAGACCACUGAGCUAUAUCCCUUUCCCAGUCAUGAGUAAUGCACAAGGACUGCACCACUGACUGAAAGGCACUUUGACCUGUAAGUCCCUGUGGAGAGACAAGCAGUCAUCUGCUGUUCUCCAGUGUUAAAUACAUUCCAUUUAGCUUUUUUUUUACUGUGCUUGAUACCAUUGGUGCUUCCCAUCAAGGCCAGUUGACAGCUGCAGAUGCUACAAGUACAGCUGCUCCAAUGCCAACCUUAAUCAUGACUCUAUGAUUAAGAGGGCCAUGUAGAGAAGAGUGGGCUGUUCCAGCAAUCUAUGCACUUCAAUUUUUAAUUAAAUUUCUUUAUUCAUGUGACAUCUCAGUCAAGCACAGCCUUUUUCAUUAUCCUGUGAAUAUUGUGCUUGAGGAACAUACUUCAUUAACAUUGAAAACUUCAAAAGCUCUCUCCUGGUUACUGCUGUGCAGUCAUGCUAGGACAGAGUUAGGGUGGGGAAUGGAUUUUAAUGAUUCACACUGUUUAAUGUUGCUUGGGGAAGAAGUAAAUUGUGUUAUAUGUUUAACCUUGCAGCUUUGAAACUGGAUUCUUCAUUACCUUAUGUGUUCCUAGGUCAUGAUACUGUGUCCAAAUGUACAGGAGCUGUGGAUUUUCCUUCCUAUAUUGGUGGAACGUAAUUGAGUAGAUAACCACUGUUUAUGUGUAAUGUAUAGGUUUUGGUCCUGAUUCUCAUGUAUGUAUGCCAUCUCAUUGCUGACUUGAACUCAAAUGUGCAAACUGCCUACAUUCAAAAAUACCAAUGUUGAAUUGAUGUGGAGUGAUAUGAAGACUUUGUCUCUGGUGGCUCCUUAACACAUACAAGUCAUCGUUUGAUGUUGCAGUCACUGCAUUUAUGAACCCUUACUAGGCUGGGGCCAGACUGCAAUAGAACUGGGGGCUCAAGAUCAUAAACCAUUUACAUUGUCAACUUACUGCACAUGGUCUGAUUGUCUAAGUGCUAUGUAAUUACCAAUUGAGAGUGAUGGUGAACUACUGUUCCUUAAAAUAGCUUUUCUAAAACAGUCAGAAUGUUCGUUGCAAAUAGCAUUACAUGGAGCUAUUGCAGUGCUGUGAAAGGAGUGCUAAUAUAUCUUACUUUUUGCUAAGCCAUUAAGGCAUCAGAGAAAUCUUUCUAUCAAGAGAUUGAUACUAUUUAUACCACAAAGUGGUGCAUUAUUUAAAAUGCCUUCCUUUGUGUUAUUCUUUCAUGGACUCUCCUGCUGUAGUGGGGGUUUUGGUUUUGGUUUUUUUUCUUUUCCUUUGUUUUUAUUGGCAAGACUCCUUAGCUGCAUGACAGGCAGAAAUGUGGCAGUUGCAUUUGGUGGAGGAAAAAGUAUUAGUUUAAUUUCUGCCUAAAAAGUAGUAGAUCAAGGCACAGAAACCCUGAAAAAAGGGAUCAUCAUAAUAGAACUACAUUAAAUUGCUGGAGUCAAUGCCUCUUGCACCUUUAAGCAGUCACCCUACUUUUUCAGUUUAAGGGCUGGUUCUGCGGAAAUCUGAAUAUUCUGUUGCAUUUGCCUGAAUGUUCUGCACAUUCACAAAUGAAAUGCAUCUGAGAAGCACAUAUUAAGUUAUUAACCAAUUUUGCACCUUUUAGAAUGUUUUGAGUCCAUUUGCUGAAGAUGAUACUCUUUCAGCACAAGUGAAACAUUCUAACUUAAAUUCAAGGCAGUGUGUUGAUGAAUGUGUGCACGUGUCUGAAUGUUAGUUGCAAACAGUGUUACAUGGAACCAUGUAGUGUUACAAGAGGGGUGUUAAUAAUCAGCUGGUUUUCUUUGAUUUUCUACAACUUUUGUGAUGAUAGAACUAACUCCUUAAAGUACACAUGUAGCAUAUUAAACAUGAUCUCAAAAGCCUUGAAUAUAGACUUGUGCUUCGAUGCUGAGCCUCAUGCAACCUGGAAGACCAUGGGUAAGGUCCAGGGUUGUACUAGCAUGAGAGCUAGUCUGACAGAACGCUCUCCCUCUCUUGCAGCACUGGAAAAUGUUAUCUUGGGUGUUUCCCAGCACUCUGGAUGAGUUUUUGCAUGCAAGGGAGAAGGAAUUGCUCCCCUUCUUGGUUCCACAGUUGAAAGUGGUUUUGUCAGUAGACUGGCAACUCUGGAUCUAGCCCAUGAAAACAGAAUGGCAAAUAUGACAAAAUUUCUUCUUUGCGAACCUCCCACAUCUAAAUUUGUGAUGAGUAAGGAGGACAGUGAAAACUGGCACUGUAGACUUAAGGCAUGGCAGUCUUGCUGGAUCGCAGUAAAGGCAUUCAGUUCACAUAGUGGCCAGCCAGUUGCCCAUAGGAAGCCAUAAAAAGGGCAGGGAUGCAAAAGUCCCUUUUUGCUCAUGUUCCCCAGCUACUGCUAUUGAUAAAUAUAUACCAAGGAUGUUUCUUCAUAUAUUCAAGAAAUAAGGUCAUGAGUAAUCAGUUCAUUUCAUUGUUCUCAAUUCCAACUUCUGCUACCAUAUAACUCAUCAUUCUCUGGACUC